AUGGAUUUGCCGGUGAGGAAAUCGUCGGAGCUACCGGCGCCUCUGAAGGUUUGCAAAGACUCCCACACGAUCGUCAAGAAACCCCGGCCGGCGAACGCGCCAAGGCGGCAGGCCCGCAGUCUACCUGUCGUAAUCUACAUCGCCUCGCCCAAGGUCGUCCACGCCACACCGGCCGAGUUCAGGUCGGUGGUGCAACGCCUCACCGGCCUCUCCGCCUUCUCUUCUUCCAAUUAUUCUUCCGUUUCCAGGGCCGGCAGUGGCAGCCAAGCCUUCGGCCCCGCCGAUUGUUUGGCUACGCUCAGGAAGGCGGCGGCCAAGCCUUCCACGUCAGAGGAAGUACGGACUCAAACUGCAGGCGGCGGAAGUGCGACGUUGUCACCGCCGGCGAUUUCGCCGGCGUUGUUGCAUGAAAACAGCAGCUUCUUCUUUGAGAGUGCAAGUAAUAAUAAUUUGUUCUCGAGUGAAGUCGCGCCGUCUCCGGCGGCUAGUUACUGGGAGCAUCUGGAUCUUAACCAGUACCAAGCAUAA